AAUGAGCAUACUUUAAUGAUUUGCAAAACGGCUUAAGAUUACUUAAGAAUGACUGGAUACUUGAAUGUCAACAUCUCGCAUGCAUGUGACCUGUACGUAUGCCAUUUAUUAUCAGCCCCAACUGUGUCGUGUUACUGACCUAAACAUCAUUAGCUGACAAGUUAUGCCAACUACAUGGUCAAAAAGUGGGCCGGAUAUGGGGAACAAGAGACGCUGACCAUUCAGGCGACUUGCGAUGAGAGGACCUCCCCCUUCCAACUCGACCUUGGGAAUACGACCACCGCCAUCGACUUCAAGGGUCGCUCCACUACGAUUUUGAUUGAUGGGGGCUCUCUUAAUUAAUGCUGUUUAUUGAAAUCCAUUCCCCGUAGUAUAUUCAUGCAAGUCGGAGCAAGGACAAGCAAACAAACCUCGUCUCACUGACGUUAUUUUUAUUGGCGAGUUGAGAGCAGCUCAACCAACUGCAUGUGUACUCUGUGUGUAUAUGUGUACUGUAUUUCUCAAGUUUAUUAGUUGGAGGACUCCACUACUGACUUGAGAGAUCAGUGUGUGUGGCCAGCUGAGGUGACAAAGAACCACACCCACCCAUCUACUAAACCAACCACUACUACUGCAACACUACUACACAUUAUUAUACUACUAUUUAUAACAAUCCAAUCAUCCCGAUAGGAAUAGGAAGAAUGGUGAUAAACCCCUCCUCACCCUUCUCGUUUGUUUGUUUUGGAACAUUUUCGUCGUCGUCGUCGUCGUCGUCGUCGCCAUUAAUAUGUCUUUGUGGUGGUGGUGGUGGAAGUAAUAAUAGUAGCAGCAGCAGUGGGUCGUCAGCCCUUCUACUGCACCAGACGGAGGAGAUUGGACGGAGACCACCCUUACCUUAACCUACCCCCUCUUUAAUAUCUUCUGCCUACCUGUCCAACCAUCUCCACCUCGUAACUACCAAGUUAUUGCUGCCUCCUCCUCCACAAUGUUCCCUGCCGCGUCCACCGCCGACCUCCUGUCCCAUUCCAGCCUGGACUUGCAUAACCUUUCCUUCUCAUCCACUGCUGGGGACUCCCGUUGGCGUGGUCUUUUCAUCCCCGGCCUCCGCCGCGUCCUCGCACAAACCUCGACGGCCAUGAAAGCCAAGGAUGACGCGCUCGAGUAUGUUGAGCGCCUUCUCCUCCAACUCCUGGGCAUGAUUUGCUCCCGACCUUAUCCCCACAAAUUGAACGACGUGCAGGACAGAGUAAAGAAAAUAUUCCCCCAUCCUGUGGACGAGUGGGCGAUGGAAGAAGCGCAGAAAACCGUGGAUCGGAGUAAGCAAAAUCACGGUGGAAACAAAAAGGCCACUAACACUGGUGGAAAUAGUGGUCACAGUGGCAAGAACUCGUUGACCUCCUCGUCUUCGACUUUGGACGUGGGAGCGUGGCCGGGUUGUGGGAUCGUCUUCCCAAUGGAUAAGAUUCACCCUCUCUUGAAGGAAGCAACCAUGGCGUCCAAGCUGGACCACAGCAUAUCGCUCUACAUUGCGGCAGUGCUGGAGUACAUUGCGGCAGACGUGCUCCACUUGGUUGGAAAUUAUGUUAAACACUCGAGAAGGGGAGAGUUUUCGAUGCAGGACAUUAAGGCUGCCGUGUGUUGUGAUAAAGUUCUGUGUGAUCUUUUCAAGUUAGGAGAUAGUUUGAGUGGGGGUGCGACCGAGGAGGAGACCAUUCCUACCAGCUCACUCACCUACAACGAAGUCGUGGAAGACCUUCUUCAGUCAGAACGACAAUAUUUGAGGGACCUCCAAAUGCUGAUCAAAGUAUUUAGGGAACAACUAGCGGAUAAGUUAGAAAAGGAGAACGAGAACCUGGAGCUCGUAUUCCAGUCCAUUGAGGACAUUACGGAGCUAAGUUUGACGCUCGUGUCGCAAGUGGAGGAUACAAUCGAGAUGACUGAGCCCCAUCAAGUGCCACCCGUUGGGAACUGUUUUCUAGAACUCGCAGAAAAUUUGGAUUUUGACGUGUACGACCGCUACGCCGAGACCUACGAUGAAGACUGUCGUCGAAUGUUGGAGGAGCUGCUGAGCCGGCCGGACGUGGAAAAGAGGGUGUCUACGGCAGGGCGAGGCUAUGUGGAUGCCGUCAAGUUCUACUUCCCCAAACUCCUCCUCGAACCUUUCCACCACUGUACUCAAUACUUUGACUUGAUUAAGCUAUUGUACGGCCUCUCCCCGUCUGAGAAGGAUAAGACUGAUUUGCUCCAAACGGACAGCAUUCUAACCCCUCUCCAGUCCUCCAUGGCCAACUUGAACAUUCCAAAAAAACCUGGACUUCCUGGUGACAUGACGAUACGCACCUCUGGGAAAGGAAAUAAGCAGUUCGCUCAUCAAAAAGUGGCUGAGCUCAAGAAACUCGUGGAAGGGUUUGUGGAUUCGAUGGGGCUCGGCUACUUUAACGAAUUCUUUUGUGAGGGCGAACUGCUCAAAAUAAGUUCUGGUCGAAGAGCCUCCGAACGUUACGCCUUCCUCUUUGAUGGCUGCAUUUUCCUGUGCAAACCCAACCCACGGAGUCGAGCCACGAUGGUGACGGGUGGUGGGGGUGGUCACUUUGAUCUCCGCCUGAAAGAAGCGUUCUAUCUGUCCAGAGUGGAAGUCCACGAUAAGGAGGAUGGGGACGAGUGGAAAAACCUGUUUGAAGUGGCACCACGUGACCAACAACCCAUCCUACUUUCUUGUCGGACGCAUGACGAAAAGAGGAAUUGGAUGGCCAUUCUUGUCAUGCUGACAACUAAAAGCAUGUUGGAUCGACUCUUGGACCGAAUUUUAUCGGACGAGGAGAAGAAACAUCCCCUCAAAUUGCCACCCUCUGAUAAAUAUCGUUUUGCUGUCCCAGACUCUGAGAAAAAUAUCGUGUUUGAUAAGGAUAACGGAAAUCAUUUCAUCAUCAAGGGUGCCACACUCCUCAAGUUGGUAGAACGGUUGACCCAUCAUCAAUACUCUGACCCCAGCUUUGUCAACACCUUCCUCACCACGUACCGCAGCUUCUGUUCACCUCAUGAAUUUCUAGAACUACUUAUCGAGCGGUUCAACAUUCCUGAUCCUCAAGUUCCUCCACAAGAUGCAGAGUCAAUCCAUGCACGAGAGAUGCUGAAGAGAUUUCGAAAAGAGUACUCGAGGCAUAUCCAACUCAGGGUGCUCAACGUAAUUAAGCAAUGGGUAAUGCACCAUUUUUAUGACUUUGAGCGCGACCCGACCCUGCAGAGUGCUCUGGAAGCCUUUCUUGAGACGGCGGAUGAGGGAAGGGGCAAGAACUGCAUUUUUGAAUCUGUCAGGAGAUGCCUAAGAAAAGCUGUGGAGAGUGUCAACUCUGAAUGUGACCGAAAUCUAUCGGCCGUAAAGUCACCCCCACCCAUCGAGUACCAUAUUCGAUGUCCCGUUAGCGAGUGGAAUAUUUUGACGUUUCACCCAAUUGAGCUCGCCAGACAAUUAUCUCUUCUCGAAUUUGACUAUUACCGGGUCGUCAAGCCGUCAGAGUUGGUGGGCUCUGUGUGGACCAAGAAGAACAAGGAACAACAGAGUCCAAAUCUCUUAAAAAUGAUCAAACAUACGACCAGCGUAACUCGAUGGUUUGAAAAAACGAUCGUCGACACGGAAAAUAUUGAUGAGAGGGUCGCUGUCGUGUCCCGGAUUCUUGAAGUGAUGAUUGUGAUGAUGCAAGAACUUAACAACUUUAAUGGUGUCCUAGCCGUUGUGAGUGCCAUGGGUUCGGCUUCCGUACACAGACUCAGCUUCACAUUCCAGUCAGUUUCAGCAAGAUUGUUGAAAGCUCUAGAGGAUGCCCAAGAACUGCAGAACGAUCAUUACAAAAAGUACCAGGAGCGUCUACGUUCGAUCAAUCCACCCUGUGUUCCUUUUUUUGGAAUGUACCUGACCAACAUAUUGCACAUUGAGGAAGGUAAUCUUGAUUUUCUCCCAAAUUCACCGGAACUCAUAAAUUUUGGGAAGAGAAGGAAAGUUGCCGAGAUCACAAGUGAGAUUCGCCAAUUCCAGUACUCUCACUACUGUCACUCUGUAGAGCCAAAAAUACGUGAAUACAUCGAACGGCUCCAACCUUUCCCUCCGGACUUUUCCGAAUAUGAAAUUGCAAACUAUCUCUACGAAAAGUCAUUGGAAAUUGAACCAAGAGGAGCCAAAGGGCCGCCCAAAUUUCCUCGGAAAUGGCCAGAUUUGCCAUUAAAGUCUCCAGGAAUCAAGAGAAAUGGGAGAAUUGGAAUGCACCAUCCUGGACCUCUUCACCUUCCAUUUUCCAGCCUAUCACAAAAUUCCCUCGUCUCACUUGCUUCCAGCCGCACGCUAAAUUUCACCCCAGACUCGUCCGACCCACUCCUCGAGUCUGCCCAGCCACAAGCACAACGAACGCCUAAAACGCCAUCAUCCGUCCCAUCAACCUCGUCACCCCAGGACAACUAUGGCGACUUUUCUAUAUUUGCUCCAGUUCUCAUUGGAUCAGUGCCACAUCCCCAAAUGUCAUCUUCCUAUCCAGCCCCACCUCCAGUGCCACCCAGACCGGCUCGAAAUCGACAAGAGUCCACGGGGGAUACUGCUAGUAUUUCGCCGGCAAGAGUGUCUCAAAUUCUGACACCCAUAACAACCCCUCACGUACCAAGUACUGCGACCAAUGCCGACAGUUUAGAGAUGCCACCUCCGUUACCACCGAGAAAAGUGUCUCCACGCACUCCCAACCCACCUAUUCCGAGGAGAAAUUCCGCCGCAACGAACUCCGAGUUGAGUCCGCUACAUGUCAACCACCCACUCCCACUGCCUCCUCCACAUUCUCCAAACAGAAGACUGAUUGCCAAUGGACCCCAGUCACAAUCGCCGAGCACAGGAGCUGGAGGACUAACUAGUUGCGCUUCAGAGCAUAAUACGACUAAUAAUUCACGUUUCCACUUUUCUCCUGCUGGCAAUAAUGGUAGUGGCGGUGGACCCUGUUCACCUGGCAGCAGACCCGCUCCCCUCCUGCCCACAAGCCCACCCAAACUUCCUCCGAAAGCGAGUAAACCUAUUCACAAUCCAUAAAGGCAGAUCAGUCGGUACUCCCGCAUUACCACCGGAUGACACUGCCCGUGUGCCACCCGUUCCACCCUUAUUUGAACUGGCUGAGAAGAGGCUAAAUACAACUACUCAGAAACUAAGCAAUAUUAUGACGCUAACUUUCCUCCACCCACCCACCCUAACAUGUGAAGCAAGAAGGUCAUACAUUCAUGAUGAGUGCGUACCGCAUACGACGAUGUUUCGUGUACCCUUUCCUCGUUGAUUAUUGACUAGUGUAUUUAAGAAGAGGAAGAAACAUUUUCAACAGAACAUAAUAUUAUUAUAUGAAUGGUAAUAUUAUUAGUAUUAGUAUUAUUAUGACGAGUCUAAAACUAUACAUACAAUCAUGAUCAAGUCAACAUUGUUAAGAUGGGAAUGAAAGAGAACGAAUAAAAUGAAUGCAUGCGCAUCGAAUGCACAAAAGUUGA